CCACCAAUGCUGGACUUUUUCUUUCAUAACACCGGUAUGUCAAUGAUCUCCUUCAUCGAUUUUGGAUGCAUGAAGCUAAGCCGGUUGCCACGCCACUUGCUUUUAACGCCGAUCUGCAACUUCACUCUGGCUCUGCUCUUUCGGAUGGCUUUGAUUACAAACGUCCCAUUGGCUCUCUCCAGUACCUAGCUCUCACUCGGCCUGAUCUGUCCUUUGUUGUCAACAAGACGCGGACUGGGUUGGCGAUCGGGAUACACUGGUUAGCACCAUUGGGUAUAUUGUUUUUCUUGGUCAGAAUCCAAUAUCUUGGUGAGCGGCAAAGCAGAAAACGGUUGCUUGAAGCUCUACCAAGCUCCACUUCUCUAGCCAUUUUCUGUGACAACAUUGGUGCCACCUAUCUUACCUCCAAUCCGGUUAUGCACUCCCGCAUGAAACAUAUAGCUGUUGACUUGCAUUUGGUUCGGGAUUUGGUUGAUAAGCGGGUUCUCCAUGUCUCUCACGUUGCGUCCCAGGAUCAACUUGUUGAUGGGAUCACAAAGCCCCUCUCUUCUCUCCGAUUUUCACAUCUGCGGUCCAAGAUCGGAGUUGCCGAUGGCACCUCCAUCUUGCAGGGGAGUAUUAAGGAAAGUAAAUCUUCUCCAUGAAGUCCUGGAUCCUCUCUAUGAUUUCUUAGAUUUCGAAGAUCUCACAACUGUAAUUGCAAAUAUUAUUGAUAUAUAUUCUUUUUAUUGAUUUAUAUUCUUUCCUAGUUAGAUCAGGUUUAGUAGUUUUAUUUUUUUAUAUAUUAUACUGUGUAUGUUCAUUAUUCUAUGAAUGAAGAAAUCCUUUUUUCAUUC